GGAAAAGAACUUGUGAUAUACUAAUAAAAGUGACUCAAGCAUAUAUGGAUUUACCUCUACAUGCAAUAGGCUUUCAAGUCGACGACUUGUCACCGCGCAAAGUCACUGGGCAUCUUCACCUCACUGAAAAGGCUUGUCAGCCAUUUAAGGUGUUACAUGGAGGAGUGUCUGCAUUGAUAUCAGAGGCACUAGCGAGUAUGGGAGCACAUAUGGCAUCUGGAUGGAGUAGAGUAGCAGGUUUACAACUAAGUAUCAAUCACAUCAAGAGUGCUAACCUGGGUGAUCUUGUUUUCGCUGAGGCAACACCUCUCCAAACUGGGAGGACCAUUCAGGUAUGGGAGGUGAUACUGUGGAAGAUGGAUCCUUCUAAUUCAGAAAAGAGAUUACUUAUAUCAUCAUCAAGGGUAACUCUUAUCACAAACUUGCAUGUGCCCAAGGACGCCGAGGAUGCAGCUCAAAAUCUAAAGAAGUACUAUUCAAAAUUUUCAAAAUUAUGAACCACAUGGUGUUACCUCAAAUACUUAUUUUUAUAAUAACAACCUACCAUUUAUUUGUCUUUUCUAAACCAUUUUACAUUUUUAUGUUUUAAUUAACCAACUAGCUUUCAAAGUU